AUGCGCCUUCUCCAGGCCUCCCUCCGCAUCUUCGCAUCGCCCCUCAUCCGAUUCCCAGCCGUCCGUUCCCAACUCAUCCCUCCCCCGACUUCUGCUACCAAAGUCAUCCUCAAGUCGGCUCCCGCUAUUCCAUUUCUGGGCUCCUUCUUCAGCUCUCGCUCCCAGUCCGAGUCUCAGACUAGCAAAAUGGCUCCGCCUCCGGACAACCGUAGCGAGGAUGAGUGGCGCGCUGUGCUGAAUCCAGAGCAAUUCCGCAUCCUCCGCCAGAAAGGCACGGAACGGCCUGGCACAGGUGAAUACGACUCUCACUACCCUUCUCAAGGUGUCUAUACCUGCGCAGGCUGCAACGCACCUCUAUACAAGUCAACCCACAAAUUCAAGUCUGGCUGUGGGUGGCCCGCGUACUUUGAUUCCAUCCCGGGAGCCGUGGCAAGACACACGGAUAGCUCGUUCGGGAUGGAGAGGACGGAGAUUACUUGUACGAACUGUGGGGGUCAUUUAGGCCACGUCUUCAAGGGUGAGGGGUAUCCGACCCCGACUGAUGAGAGACAUUGUGUGAACAGUAUUAGUUUGAAGUUUACUGAAGGGGAGGGGGGCGGGGCGAAGGCCAAGGCGUGA